AUGGCAGAGCGGAGGGAGCAGCAGCCGGAGAGGAAAGAGGACGACCUGCCCGGUUACUUUGCCGCCCUAGGCACCUGCAGCCCGAAGCCCCGGCAGAAAUACGGAGGGAUGUUUUGCAACGUGGAGGGUGCCUUCGAGAACAAAACGCUGGAUUUCGAGUCGCUCGGCGGCAGCCACAGAGCGGCCAGCCAGAAGGGGAGCCGCGGAGACCCCGGCCAGCGCUCCGGCGGCUCCGAAGGGCCAAGUGAAGGCAGCAUCAGCAGCGGCGGCGGCAGCAGCAGCGGGAGCGGGAGCCGCAGCACUCCCGUCCUCACACCUGCCGGGUCACAGCCGUGCCCGCCUUCCGCAGGAGUAGCAGCAGAACUACCCAAUGGCUGCCAACAGAAUCUUACUGGUGUUUCCAUAAGUAUCUCAUUAGCUCUCUUUAUUAUUAUUGUUACUAAGAGUGACCGGCUGCUCAUCAAGGGAGGAAAGAUUGUCAAUGAUGACCAGUCCUUUUAUGCGGAUAUCUAUGUAGAAGAUGGUUUGAUUAAGCAAAUUGGGGAAAAUCUUAUUGUUCCUGGAGGUGUAAAGACAGUUGAUGCUUAUGGCCAGCUAGUUAUGCCAGGUGGAAUAGAUGUUCAUACUAGAUUACAGAUGCCUUUGAUGGGAAUGACCUCUGCUGAUGACUUCUAUCAAGGCACAAAAGCCGCUCUUGCUGGAGGAACAACCAUGAUACUUGAUCAUGUAUUCCCUGAGUCUGGAACAAAUCUCCUGACUGCCUACGACCAAUGGAGGGAGUGUGCUGAUAGUAAAGCGUGUUGCGAUUAUUCUUUGCAUCUUGACAUCACACGUUGGCAUGAGAGCAUAAAAGAAGAAUUGGAGGCUCUGGUCAAAGACAAAGGUGUGAACUCCUUUCUUGUUUUCAUGGCGUACAAAGACAAAUUCCAGUGCACUGAUGCUCAGAUGUAUGAGAUCUUCACUAUUGUUCGAGAUCUAGGUGCCAUUGCUCAAGUACAUGCUGAAAAUGGAGACAUCAUAGAUGAGGAACAAAAAAGAUUAUUGGAACUGGGGAUUACCGGUCCAGAGGGUCAUGUUCUCAGUCAUCCAGAAGAGGUUGAAACAGAAGCAGUGUAUCGGGCUAUUACAAUAGCAAAACAAGCAAAUUGUCCCUUGUAUGUCACAAAAGUCAUGAGCAAAGGAGCUGCAGAUGUCAUAGCUCAAGCCAAGAGAAAAGGCACAGUUGUCUAUGGAGAGCCCAUUACUGCUAGUCUUGGCACUGAUGGUUCACAUUACUGGAGUAAGAACUGGGCCAAAGCAGCUGCUUUUGUGACAUCUCCACCUAUUAGUCCAGACCCCACGACACCUGAUUAUCUCACUUCACUCUUAGCGUGUGGGGAUCUUCAAGUGGUGGGCAGCGCCCACUGCACCUUCACCACAGCACAGAAGGCUGUUGGAAAGGAUAACUUCACCCUUAUUCCAGAAGGAACAAAUGGUAUUGAAGAACGGAUGUCCAUCAUUUGGGAAAAAUGUGUGUCAACAGGGAAGAUGGAUGAAAAUGAAUUUGUAGCAGUGACUAGUACAAAUGCCGCAAAGAUUUUCAACUUUUACCCCAGGAAGGGACGAAUUGCUGUUGGUUCAGAUGCUGAUAUUGUCAUUUGGAAUCCUAAAACAACAAAGAUCAUCUCUGCAAAAACUCACAACUUGAAUGUGGAAUACAACAUAUUUGAAGGAACAGAGUGUCAUGGUGUCCCUACAGUGGUUAUAAGUCAAGGGAAGGUUGUGUUGGAAGAUGGGAAUCUCUUUGUUACUCAAGGGGUUGGCCGUUUCAUCCCUCGGAAGACAUUCCCUGACUUCGUUUACAAAAGGAUUAAAGCAAGAAACAGGCUUGCAGAGAUUCAUGGUGUUCCCCGUGGGCUUUAUGAUGGGCCAGUUCAUGAUGUCAUCGUAACUGCUAAAGCAGUGGCCCCAACUCCUACCUCAAGAAUAGCUACCUGUUCAGGCAAGAUUCAAGUUCCUCCAAUCCGUAACCUACAUCAGUCAGGCUUUAGCCUGUCAGGGUCUCAAGCAGAUGACCAUGUUGCAAGACGGACUGCACAAAAAAUCAUUGCACCCCCUGGUGGACGCUCCAAUAUUACAUCUCUGUCGUAAUAAUUCAGGAUUUGAUAGUAUGCACACAUAAUCUUGAUUAUAACUGGCUGGCCACAAUCAGCCAUAUUAAAAAAAAUUCAGGUCCCACUGCUUAAAUCUACUACCAUUGAAAUAAAUGGGAAUUAGGAAUAGUUAUCUUUGGCCAGUUUGUGGCCUCUGUUACCAUUAAGGCAGAUGGAUUAUGGAGCUGCAUUUAACAUUCCUUUAGAAUUAUCAAUGAUCAUUUAUAAGAACUUCUUCCUUGUCUACACUUCCCAAGUACCCUCUUUGUUCUUUAAAUUGAAAUGAUGAGGUGUUUAUUAUAUGAUAUCAACAAGAACAUUUAACAAAUAUAUUUGGAUAUUUUACACUGCCAUAUCAAAGAGCUUGGAGUGUAUAUCAUAGGAAGAUGAAAAUGAUUAGCCUUCUUACUCAGGAUAAAAUUUUCCAUUCUUCUUCUCUGCAUAAAAAUAGAUGAACCCUCUCCAGUGUAUAGAGCUAAUAAAAUAUUAUAAAUGUAGUCUUCAAACUUCAGCAGACCUUUAAAGAUGUGCAUGCAAAUGUGUGAACUUCUGAGGAAGUACUUUUAAAUUUUAUUCAACAGAAUUGCUAGGUCUGUCUUAAGUUGAUGACUGUGGCAUACCAGGUCACAUAUUUUGGUUCUGCCUUUCUACUGGUGAUUUGUACUCACUCUGUAAUAAUGACUUUUUCUGAUACUAUCCCUUAUACUGUUUUAAAAUGACUUAUUCCUGGCUUCUUCUUUUUAAUUGAGAAGAGCUACCAAGAUUAUAUCAAAUGCUCAAACAUCAUCAAAGGAGCAGACAUAAUGCUUAAUGUUGACUUGUUUUUGUUAACUUUGAUGGUUAACUCCUAUGUUUAGAUUCCUAAUUCAUGGUUAAGGAUAGGUUACAAAGUAGGAUGUAAAAGCAUGAUUUGACAUGGGGUUUAAAGCCAUGGGCUGAGUCAACUGUGAUCAGAGCUUGGAAGUAAGGUGUUAAUUUAACUUGUUGAUGUUAAAAUGGUGUGUCAUUUUAACAUAAUUUCUUGUACACUGUUUUCUUAAGAUUAGACACAUUCCUACUGUUUAAUGCAAAGGUAACUAUUUUAGAAUUUGCAUGUUAAAUCCAACAUGUGAUUUCCAAGCCCUGGCUAUGAUUAAGAGACACUUCCACAGCAGACAAACCCUGGUUAAGAACAUUUCACCAUCUUUUCAUGAUUUCCGCUUGUAGAGUAACUUAUAGGUUUCUGUCUGUAUUCUCCCUAAGCUUACUCUGUAAAGUCACAAUGUUAUUGUAUAUUUGGGAUCGUAAACUCAAGGGGUGCUAACCACGGUUAAGUGCUAUGUCUAUACUUGACUCAUAACCUGCACAUUCAUUGCCAACAUCUUCCUAAUCUGUAUAUCUCCUUUAUCUAGUAUAAUACCAUAUGGAAAUCACUACUUCAAAUGCAGUGGUUGCCAUAUAGUAACCCUAUGUCAAAUUACAAAUCACGUAUGACAGGUUUUGACCAAUGUGUGCGAGGCACAUUGGGAGAGACUUGAACAUAUUUUUAGAAAACUUUGUCACUCUGUAUCGUGACAGCAUGGAUAUAAGAAAUAAAAGUGUGGUCUGAAUGUUCAUCAAGUUAGACAUCAUAGUGUCACUUUAGAGCAGUGUAAAAAUGCAUCUACAGUCUUUUUUUAAAAGGUAGCUGAAUUUCUCAAACCUGGACACAAUUGUGGAAGUGCCAGUGUGUUUUUAGUCUUUUGUUAGUCUUGAAUUUUUUUUAAAGGAAAUUAUUUAUACAGCUUUUCCCAAGUAUCAAGUGUAGACUUUCAUAUAUAUACAAGAAGAUGGGUCUAUGACUGUCAGCUACACUCAGUCAAUUUUUAAAUAAAACUUAGAACAAGUUUAUUAUAUUUAAAACUAUGUACAGCCAUAUAAGGUAAUCUUAUAUUUCCAUAUCAUUCCAUGUACCUACAACUGUGACUUGUUACACAAAAUAUUUUGUUUUGUUAUUGACAUUCAAUAAAGUUUCUUGGAAAUCAGC